UCAGCCUCCUCUAGUAUGAAUGCUGAUACAGCAAGAUUGUUAAUAGGCAUUAGACUUCAUAGUGCUGCAGAACCUGGACCUAGACUGCUCAGAGACACCUGCUGAGAUGGAUGCAGUGCAACAUGUCUUCAAGGGCACUUUUAUACAUUCAACUCCUAGAUGUGACUGUGAGAUACUGGAGGACCACAUCCUUGGUGUAGACACUGCUGGGAAGAUUGUGUUCUUUGAAGAUGCCCAGAAACAAUCAAAGCUGGCUCAGAAGUGGAAGUUUGAUGAAAGCGACAUUCAAGAACUUGGCAAGAAUGAAUUCUUUAUGCCAGGAAUGAUUGAUACCCAUAUCCACGCACCCCAGUACACCUUUAUUGGAACAGGAAUGGAAAGGCCUCUUUUGGAGUGGUUGGAAUACACCACGUUCCCAAUCGAAGAUACAUUCUCAGAUGUAGAAAUUGCUAGCAACAUUUACAGAACAGUUGUGAGAAGAACAUUAAAAUUUGGUACAACAACAGCUUGUUACUUUGCUACAAUACAUACAGAUGCUUCCAUUGUGCUGGCUGACACUGCAAGUCAGUAUGGUCAAAGAGCAUUUAUUGGAAAAGUUUGCAUGGAUCAUAAUGAUGUAUAUGAAAAGUAUUGUGAAACUUCUGAAGAAUCUAUUAGGGAAACCGAAAGGUUUGUUGAGGCUCUAAAAAAGAAAAAAUAUGACAGAGUAAAGCCCAUUAUAACUCCUCGGUUUGCAAUAUCCUGCAGUGAGCGGUUGCUGAAUGAGCUAGGCAAACUUGCUAAUGAGCAUGACCUACAUAUACAGAGUCACAUCAGUGAAUCGCCUGCAGAAAUCAAAGAAGUCUUAAGAUUGUUUCCAGGUUACAAAAAUUAUACUGAAGUAUAUAAUAGAAACAAACUUCUAACAAACAAGACAGUGAUGGCUCAUGGAUGUUACCUAACUAAUGAGGAACUACAUGUAUUCAGAGAAAGGGGUGCUGCAAUAUCACAUUGUCCUAAUUCUAAUAUAUCAUUGUGCAGUGGGCACCUUGAUGUACAAAAUGCUCUAAAUCACAGAGUUAAAAUGGGGCUUGGGACUGAUGUUGCUGGUGGAUAUUCCAUGUCAUUACUUGAUACUAUCCGGAAAGCGAUAGAAGCUUCAAAAAUUAUUUUCAUGGAAAGAUCAAAAAGUGAACGGUACAAUAAUGAAACAGAAAAGGAACAGAAAAAAAAUGUGAUGCCAGAGGGAAUAAAUGCAGAUGAUCAAAAUGGAAUACUACAAUUUGAAAAAAAAGUAUUAAGUUACAAGGAGGCAUUCCGACUAGCAACCAUGGGAGGAAGUGAAGCUUUGAGCAUUGACCACUUAACUGGGAACUUUGAAGUUGGAAAAGAAUUUGAUGCAUUGCUGAUUAACCCUGACGCCAUUGACAGCCCUUUUGAAGUUUUUUCUGAUAUCUCUAAAGAGGAAUUGCUGCAGAGGUUCCUUUAUCUUGGUGACGACAGGAACAUCAGAGCUGUUUAUGUGGCUGGAAGAUGUGUGGUUCCAUUCCCUAGCAAUGCCUAAGCUAGUUAGUAACUGAUAUUUUACAUAUACAUGUACUUGAAUGUACAUUUACUUUUAACAUAGGCAUUACUAACUAAGUUAACAACAUUACACUUGAUUAGAUAUCUACUUAUAAAUACAUAUCUACUUAUGAAUACAUUUAUAAAAGGAACUAGUUACAGAUUAGAGUUUUAUGAUAUAUUUUUGGCUGGUAAAUUCUAAGAACUAUUUUAAUAUUUUAACAUAUAGAUAGAAUAUAGACUUUUUGUCAAUAAAAACAGUACCAGCAUUAAAAGUACAGGGUGGGCAAUUUAUAUGGAUACACCUUAAUAAAA